GAGAGAGAGAGAGAGAGAGAGAGAGAGAGAGAGAGAGAGAGAGAGAGAGAGAGAGAGAGAGAGAGAGAGAGAGAGAGAGAGAGAGAGAGAGAGAGAGAGAGAGAACUGGUGUAGAAUAAUGUACAUCUACUGAUUAGAUCAAAGGUGAACAGGUAUUUGACUCCUUGUGUCUGCUCUGUGUAAUAGAGUUCAUAUCCUUAUGUCUGAAAGAUCCUAGAAGGGAACAUUUAAUUAAUAGUUACUGUAUCAAAAUAUCUUAGAUAUCCACCAAUAUGUUUGUUGAAGAACUGGGGGAAAUGCACAAAAAGAUGUGCAGUAGUUUUUUGGGUGUUUUUAUUUUUAAACAAGCUUGUUCUUUAAACAUAGAUUUUCACUUAUGAAAAACAUUUUCUCCCGUGUUCGUUUUUAUUUGUUCAGUUUCACUUUGAGAGGAUGUUUGCAAUCACCUUUGUAUUGUUAAAAAGGAGCGUGAACGUUGCUGUCAUAUAAUUCGAAUGUCUUUGUAGUGCUGCCUAAAAUAAAUAAUAAACAAUUGAAAACCCUUCAUUUUUUGCUAUCGUAUUACGUAACCAAGCACCAUUGCUUCCUUGUAAAUGCCAUGCCCAUAUAGUUUAUCUAGUGCACCGUUACUUGUCAUCGUAGGAGUGGUCAUGAACUGGAAGAGAAAAGACUUCAACCAAAAGAUGAUACCACAGACGGCUUGUCAAUUUUCAGACGCGCCUUCAUAAUUAAGUCUUUAGAUUGGAUCAAGCAUUCGCUGUACGUCAUAACUUGUGUCCUUUGUUCAAUACAACAUCGUACAGUAGACUACUGGAAUGCGACACAUCAUUUCAGCGCCGCUAAACUGUGCAGAGGACUAGUGCGAUCAAUGAUUAAGAAAUACGGCAUUCUAGCGAGUUUUUUUCCCCCGUCGCCCAAGCUUGUCAAUGACUGAAAGGAUAUAUUUAUCGAACAGGGAAAUUACCUUAUAGCCUCAUGGCUAUAUGUGCUACCCUAAAUAACCGCAUCCGUUCACAGCUCAUAUCCGCUCGUUGAGUCCUUCAGCAUCAGCUACUAUUGACAGGUGUUGUAGUCUCUGAGCACUGUGUGUCUGUCUUCUGAAGAUGGCUGAGAGCUGGGUUUGUGGAACCCAAUGUGUGGCUAAAGGUGACCACAGCAAACCCAAAGCUGGCGAACUAGCCUACAGAAAAGGAGACAUCCUAACGAUCCUCGAGGCAGGACUGAUGAGAGGGAGCUACUGGGCGAGAACCAACGUGUCAGGAGCCGAGGGAGUCAUCUCCAGCGCCAACGUACGGGAGAGAGAGGCCAUCCGCAUUGACCCCAGCCUCAGCCUCAUGCCAUGGUUCCAUGGCAAGAUUUCAGGCCCGGAGGCUGUGUCCAAACUUCGCCCUAUGGAGGACGGCCUCUUCCUGGUUCGGGAGUCUGUCCGUCACCCUGGUGACUACGUUCUGUGUGUCAGUGUCUCUGGUGAGGUAAUCCACUACCGGGUCAUGUACCGUGACAACAAGCUGACCAUUGACAACAACCAGUACUUCUACAACCUCCGUGACAUGAUUGAGUUCUACUCGAAGAACAAAGGGGCCAUUGCCACCAUUCUGCAGAAGCCCAAAGACAAGGAGGGCACCAGAUCGGCGGAGCUGGAGCUGUCUAAGACUGGGUGGCUGCUUGACAUCAGGAAGCUGGUUCUGGGCAAGUGUAUUGGAGAGGGAGAGUUUGGAGCCGUUUAUGCAGGAGAGUACAUGGGCCAGCAGGUGGCAGUCAAGAACAUCAAAUGUGAUGUCACGGCCCAGGCCUUCCUACAGGAGACCACCGUCAUGACGAAACUGCAACACAAGAACCUGGUGCGUCUGUUGGGAGUGAUACUGAACGACGGACUCCACAUCGUCACAGAGCUGAUGGCCAAGGGUAACCUGGUCAAUUUCUUGCGAACAAGGGGACGAUCGAUCAUCAGCACUGUCCAGCUGCUUCACUUUGCCUUAGACGUGUGUGAGGGGAUGGAGUACCUGGAGUCUUUGAAGCUGGUCCACAGGGACUUGGCCGCACGCAACAUCUUGGUGUCGGACGAGGGCAUGGCCAAGGUCAGCGACUUCGGGCUGGCCAAAGUGGACUGUAAGACGUCGGAUAACGCCAAGCUCCCCGUCAAAUGGACGGCUCCGGAAGCGCUUAAGAAAGAGAAGUUCUCCACCCGGUCGGAUGUCUGGAGUUACGGGGUUCUUCUCUGGGAGACCUUCUCCUACGGACGCCAGCCCUACCCCAAGAUGUCUCUGAGUGAGGUGAGGCAGCAUGUGGAGCAGGGCUACUGCAUGGAGGCCCCGGAGGACUGCCCCGCGGGGGUCUACCUGCUGAUGAGGAGCUGCUGGGAGAAGGAGCCUCGCCGGAGGCCCUCCUUCCACAAGCUGAGGGACAAGCUGGAGAGGGAACUGGCCAAACACAGCUCCGAGCGUGGCUCUUAGUCCUGGGGGAGGGACGGGUGGGGGACGAGCUGUCCGGGCCUGCUCCUAGCUCUCCUGUCUGGGGCUCGGAACAGAGAUAAGGGUCCCUGGGAUGGGUUAGAGAGAUGUGCAUUGUCACUGUGCAAAGACUCGUCGGAGUUGGGAGAGGGAGAGGUGUCGCAUCAUGAUGACAUCACCCGGCGACAAGGACCUGUAAUACACUGAGUCAGCAGAGGUGCGUGUCAUGAUGCAUGUCCAGCUGUUCACAGACACAAAUAAGCUAUGAAGUGAAGAUUACCUAUUUUUGUAUGUGAUGUUAAUGUUGAUUAUCCAUGUAGUGUACUGGUAAAAGCAAUAGGAAUUGCUCAAAUGUAUACCAGUGUGUGCGUAUGAUUUUGAUUGAGUAAAUUGUGUACCUCUUAAAGGUGAUAUAAUUUUUUCCAAUAAGGCACAAAUAAGCUUGACCUACUGUAUCUACUAAUUUGCUAUAAAGUCAGUUAUAAAGUU